ACAUAUUGUCUAAGACAUAUAGAAUCCGAAGGAUUUACAACUAUUCAUUUCUUUGGUGAUAAAACAUUCAAAGGAGGAAACGACUAUGAGAUUUACACUCAUCCAAAAAUUAUCGGCCACUCAGUUUCGAGUCCUGAAGAUACUAUCCGAGAAUUAAAACAAUUGUUUCCGAUUUAA